UGCCCCAUAUGUGCAGUGCGGUUGAGCAUCGCUGUGAUCACUUCUGCAUAAACACUCCUGGCUCCUACAUGUGCAGGUGUAAACAAGGAUACAUUCUCAAUCCUGACCAGAAGACUUGCAGCACUCAGGACCUUUGUGCUGUGGAGAAACAUGCCUGUGAGCAGAUUUGUGUCAACACACCUGGGUCUUAUGUCUGCCAGUGUUAUGAAGGGUAUGAGCUUGAUGCAGAUGGAAAGAAUUGUAUCGUUGUAGACCACUGCGCUUUGGAUAACCAAGGCUGCCAACAUGAAUGCGUUAACACUGAGGACUCCUAUUACUGUAGAUGCCACCCAGGGUUCAUUUUAAAUCCAGACAAAAGAACUUGCCGAAGACCAGACUAUUGUGCUCUUCAGGACCAUGGCUGUGAACAGGAAUGUGUUAAUACAGAUGAUUCCUAUUUUUGUCGGUGUCAGGAAGGGUUUAUACUUAAUCCAGAUAAGAAAACAUGCAAAAGAGUUGACUAUUGCACUCUGAGUGAUCAUGGCUGUGAACAUUUGUGUGUCAGUGGUGACAGAUCUUACACUUGUCAGUGUUUUGAAGGAUACAAGCUUCGUAGCGAUGGGAAAACAUGUAAACGACACAACAUCUGCAGAUCAGUCAGCCAUGGCUGUGAGCAUAUUUGUGUUAAUGAAGAUGAUUCCUAUGUUUGCAAAUGUCAUGAGGGGUUUCUGCUGAGAGAAGAUGGGAAAACAUGCAGAAAUGCAGACCUUUGCAGUUCAGUUGACCAUGGCUGUGAACAUGUUUGUGUUAAUGCUGGCGAGUCAUACAUCUGCCAGUGUCACGAGGGGUUUGCACUACGGGAAGAUGGAAAAACAUGUAGAAAUAAAGAUGUUUGCAAUUCUCUUGACCAUGGCUGUGAGCAUGUUUGCGUGAACACUGAUAGUUCAUACGUUUGCCAGUGCUAUGAGGGUUUUGUAUUGAGAGAAGAUAAGAAAACCUGUAAAAGCAAGGAUAUUUGCAAGUCAGUCAACCAUGGCUGUGAACAUGCUUGUGUUAAUGCUGGGGAUUCAUUUGUCUGUAAAUGUCAGGAGGGAUUCUUACUAAGAGAAGAUGGAAAAACAUGCAGAAAUAAAGACCUGUGUAAAUCUAUUGACCAUGGCUGUGAACAUGUGUGCAUCAAUAAUAACAAUUCAUACAGCUGUCAGUGCCACGAUGGUUUUGUCCUGCGACAAGAUGGGAAAACGUGUCGAACAUGCACUGAAGGCCCAGUUGACUUGGUGUUUGUGAUUGAUGGAUCAAAAAGUCUCGGAGAGGAUAAUUUUGAAAUUGUAAAAGAAUUUGUCUUGGGAAUCUUGGAUGCACUUGAGAUUUCACCCAAAGCUGCUCGAGUUGGUUUGCUUCAGUACUCCACCGAAGUUCGCACAGAGUUUACGUUAAGGCAGUUCAGCUCAGCCAAAGACAUGAAGAAAGCUGUAUCACAAAUGAAAUACAUGGGGCGAGGUUCCAUGACAGGACUGGCUCUGAAGCAAAUGUUUGAGAGAAGCUUCACAGAAACAGAAGGAGCAAGACCAUUUUCAGCAAAUGUCCCUCGAAUCUCCAUUGUGUUUACAGAUGGACGAGCCCAAGAUGAAGUCUCUGAGUGGGCUGCUAGAGCAAAGCGAAACGGUAUAAUUAUCUAUGCUAUUGGAAUAGGAAAAGCAAUUGAGGAAGAACUGCUGGAAAUUGCUUCUGAGCCAUCAUAUAAACAUCUCUUCUAUGCCGAGGAUUUCACCGCUAUGGAGGACAUAAGUGAAGAACUAAGAGCCCAGAUCUGUGAAGCAAAAGCUUCAAAAGAUAAAGACCAGUGCAAAUGUGAAAACCUUGUGACAUUCCAGAACUAUGCAACUAAUGAAGUAAGAAAACUCACCCAGCGAUUGGAAGAAAUGACGAAGCGAAUGGAAGACUUGGAAAACAGGCUAAAAUACUGAUCAAAACAUAAAGUGUAUUUAUACAUACAAACUUGUCAGAGCUAUUUUCUUAAACCGGUUCAAAGUAAAAUAACAAGUCCUUGUGUCUGAAGUUGAAAAGAAUGUUUUGGAUCCCUGCAUCUAUAUGCUGUGUUCUGUCUUGCAUUGAUUGCAGAUAAAUGUUGAAAAUGUUAUAUAUGUAAAUGAUUUAGUAACUAGCAAAAAUUCUAAUUAAGCAGAACUAAGCAAUGGAAAUAAGCUAUGCAAAGUAAUAAAACGCUGUUAUUUUUUGAA